GCUUCUCUGUCCAUGUCGUGUUAUCUGUAGAACUCAGUGGGGUCAGGCUUCCCUCUCCCACCUGCUCUAUACCCAGGAAUGGGUCAGAUCCGACCGCCACCCUUAGGAGCCAUGAACCCUGUCUUCAGCCAACAAGGUGGUUUGCUGUUGCCUCCCCAGGGUUACGGCACCGCCCCUCUGUGGGGAAUGCCGCUGCCUCCUCACCGUCACCAAAACCAGCCGUUCUAUGGAGCAGGAGGAACCUUUCCUGGUGCCGCUCGUCCCCAGCCUACAACAACACUGCCCAUCGGCUCACACAACCAGUUUAUUCCACUACAGGUGACUAAAAAACGAGCCUCAGCCAACAAGAAGAACCAGGAAACUCGAGAGUUUUACAACGCCGCCCACAUUGUGGGCAGGAACCAAUCACAGAAGGCCCAGCACCAGCCCUUUGGCCAAUCACUAGCUCAGGGUGGGAGCGGUAAAGUCGAACAGCCGCACCAGAACGCCACCAACAGCAAUCCCUCCCCGUCCAGUCCUGGCCUAGGAGAAGCCGUUUCCACGACGACAGCAGUCCCUCACACACCCCCUCGACAAAACGUCCCAGCGACAGGCCACACCCCUGGCUCCGCCUCCAAGAGGAAGCACAGAAAGCUGGCUGUCAACUUCGAGGCGGCGAAAGUCUCUGAGUGAUGAGCUGGUAUAUGUAUGUGUGUGUGUGUGUGUGUGCGAGGAGAGAGGUAUGUUUGGUGUUUUUAAGCUGCUGAAAGCCUGACUCAGCAUCUCUGAUCAAAACCUCAUUGAUGUGAAAGUUUCUUUUUCACACAAGUUUUACGUCUUAUGUUGUGAGCUUGAGCAAACUGAUGUUUUUGUGUUGUGUUUAAAAGUGGGAAAGUGGGAAUAAUUUAAAGGACAGAAUUCCAUCGUUGCUUCACCUCUUGAGAUCAGUUAUGUCGGUGCAACGUAGUUAUUGUAUUUCUACAUACCCCUCUUAAGCUUGUUUUUGCCACUGUGAGCCUACAGGUUUCUAUGGAAGCCCAUUUACACCAAUAUGUUUAAAAAGGAUAUUAUCCCAUCACUCAUUUUAAUGAGAUACUUCAAUAAAAUAUCACAACAUAAUGACUUUGAAU